UGUUAAUUGUGGUGACAGAAUUACAGUUCUUUAGUAUUGUGGUUAAUAUACAUUAGGUUUACCUUAGUCAUUGAACAUGUCAUGUAGAGCCUGACACAGUGGGCGUGGUUUCUACCUAUAGAACUAAUCUUAAAGAUUGCCAGGGUUAUUAGUCUCACUUGCCUGUAAAGGAACUGGACCCUACCCAGGUCUUGAUUAUUAAUGGUUGCAUAUAAGAACCCAACAUCCCACACUGCACAAUUUCUUCAGAUGUACCUUACAGCUUACAGUUAUUUAGGAAGCCAAAUCUAUCUAUCUAACCAUUAUCUUUCUAUGUAUAUACUGGAUUAUAUUGCACAAGGAGGCAUUAGAUAAAAAGCUUUGGAUAUUUCAUCAGAAGAGACAUUGCAUGUAGCCAGUUAAAUAUUAUAAAAUAUUAGCAAGUAUAUAUAUAUUUUCAAUUAUGUCAUCUAUUGAGAAGUCUCGAUUCAUACUGGUUUUAUGUAGAAGAUUGCUGACAAAAAUGAAAUUCUCUUCCAAUAAUAAGAAGGAUGUAAGUUAUUGGAAGAAUGCACCAAUUUAUGUCUUUAUAAAGCAGAAUUACAGAGAUAACAGAUUGUCAGAAGUUGAUUCACUUUUACUGCAAUAUUAUACUUCUCUUUUGCAUUCGAAUAAAAUUUCCCAGGAUUUGUCAUUGAAAUAUAAAGGAGUUGGUGAGCGCUCAGUAGAAGAAACGGCCGGUAUUGUUGGCUUAAAGUUACCAAAACUAUUUAAAGACUCAAAUUCAUAACAUGACUUAAUGAUUUUAUAAAAUUUAAUAUAAAUUAGUGAUUUUAGCCCUGUAUAAGUAAAACUGAUUUUAAACGUGAUAUUUUCCAAAGUAUCAAUUUUAGAAUAUUUUUGUCCCCAUAAUUUUGGGACAAGAUAAAAGACUUCUUUUUAACCAAUAGUCAUGCUAGAUAUAACCAACACCCACCAUUAUAAAAAAAAUAAAGUUAAUUUCAACCUUUUCUAUCUUCUGUAUAAGAAAAAUGCAUCCCUAAGGAGUUUCAAAUCCCUAAAUUUUCAAACAACCAUUUCGUCCAAAAUUACGACUGUGCAAAAACUUUGUUAAUUACUGUAACAUUGGACAAUCUUUUUUAAAUCCUUUAACCACUUUUGGCAAAAUGUUUACAAAUGCUUAUUCUUUUUUAGUGAAAAUUUUUUUUAUAUUUCUUUGUGUUUUAUGGAUGUUGUUUACUAAAAAACAUUUUAAGGUUGGUUUACAUUAAUAAAAUAGGUGGCUCAAUUUAUCUGAAAUAAGUAAAUACAUUUUUGUGUUAGUUUAAACAAUCUGGAUAUAAUACAAUACAUAUUUGUCCCACCUUUUCUGCUACAAUCAACUUAUUUUUUGCCUUUCACCCUUUUCAUUGUUAAGCUACUAAAUUUUUUAUUAAUUAUGAGUGAACAUUAGUAGUUUAUAGUUGUAUUAUUUUAAGUUGAUAUUGUAGAUGUUAUUUUUUAUUUGUUCCUUUAUUCUUGCUAUGUAUCUAAAUGUUUAAAGUGUCUUCGUAUCUCUAGAUUAGGAAUAAAAUUAUAGUAACAUGAUUAUGUUUCCUGAGACAUACGUCAAAGAUUUCCAUGAUGUGGACUGUAUUAAAAAGAUGGACUAUAGAACACUUGGUGACACAGGAUUAAUGGUGUCAAAAUUAAGUUUAGGUCUUUCAGCAAUGGGAUCUGUGUAUCGUGCUACUGAUGAUAGCCAUUCAUGGGAUGUCGUGGAGCACGCUAUAAAAUCUGGAAUCAAUUGGAUAGAUGGUGCACCAUGGUAUGGUCAUGGUAAGGCAGAGACUGUGUUUGGUGAGGCAAUCCAAAAAAAGCAGAUACCAAGAAAAGCUUUUUAUCUUGCUACUAAGGUCGGUCGAUACGCCCCUGACAUUGAGAAUAUGUUCGAUUUCUCUGCUGAAAGAGUAACUCAGAGUGUUGAUGAAAGCUUGAAAAGAUUGGGAGUUGAUUAUAUCGAUUUGAUUCAAGUGCAUGAUAUGGAAUUUGCCCCUUCUGUUGACAUAAUUGUCAAUGAAACUUUACCAGCCUUACAGAAGUUAAAAGAAAGUGGAAAAGUAAAGAUGAUAGGGAUAACAGGUUAUCCAUUAGAACUGUUCAAAACUGUUAUUGAUCGAAGUUCUGUAAAAAUCGACGCUAUUCUGACCUACUGCCACUACUGUUUAAAUGAUACGUCUCUUCUGAAGAUGUUGCCAUACUUUGAGUCUAAAAAAAUUGCAGUUAUCAAUGCAUCUCCAACUGGUAUGGGUUUAUUGACAAACAGAGGUACGCCAUCUUGGCAUCCGGCUACUGAAGAGAUUAAAGCAUCUUGUAGGAAAGCUGCGGAGUACUGUGAGAAGGAAGGCGUUGACAUCUCAAAGUUAGCAUUACAUUUUACUUGCUCUAACCCGGACAUCCCUACCACGUUAGUGUCAACUGCAAGUCUAGUCAACUUAAAGAAUAAUCUUCAUUCUGUUUUGAAUAAUUUAACAGAUCAUGAACGUGAAGUUAUGAAGACAGUGCAAGAGAAGUAUCUGAAAGAAAUAGCAAACCAAACAUGGGAGGACAUUGAAGUUACCCAAUAUUGGAAUAAAUUAAAUUCAAUACAGAAAUAAUUACCUGAUGCCAUAAAACUAAAGUAAUAAUUGCCAAGAAAAGAAUUUGUGUGUAAUGCGGAAUUACACUACAAACAAAUUUUACUAUGAAGAAAACAAGCUGAUAACUACUUUUGAUGAUUUAUACUUGCAUGCGAUGGUUAUAAUCAUACUCUCGGUACAUUUAAUUAAUUUAUUUCGCUACGUUCAACAAAACUGUAGAAAUUGUUUUAUAUAUCAAUACUUUUUUAACUGUAAAAUAAUUAUCGUGUAAUUGUAACUUUAGGAAACAAGACGUCGU